AUGUCGAACAAGCUUGCAGAUGAGAUUUCUUCUGCAGAGCUGGACGCGCUCAUGAAGAACGCCAUUUCAGUAGUGGAAUCCAAUUUUGAUGAGAGCCACCUACCCGCAGCCAUACGCGACUUCGUUCAACCGAUUUCCACUGCAACAUGUCAGGGAACAUACGUCACGACUAUGAUGCUCUGUGGGGCAAUGCCGUGCUUAACAAACGGAGCUGCAAUUCGUCUGUGGACGCAGAAAGCCUCACCGUUGGCCCUUUUGGUGUUUCACAUAGCACCACCCCAACGGGGCAAAUCUAGAUUGUUCCAAACAUGUGAGGUGUUGAUGGAAGUCUGCGACGACAUUGUUGAGCAGAUGGCACAUGAGCAUGCGCGUGCGCUUCAGCCAGAGGGUGCAGAUGAAUUGCCGGUGCAAGUCAAAUCGAUGGCUAUUCAGUCGUGCACAGCCACCGAAAUGUUCUUUCGGUGCAGCUGUGACUACCCACAGGUGCAGGUAGGCGCUUCAAAGCGCGACGUCCAGACCACUAGAUUGUGGUGGGGCCAAUGCAUAAAUUGCGACGAAGCUUACGAAUUUUGGGAUCUCUUUGGAUUAACCGGCGACAAGACUUCUGGUGUGAAUCCCCAUGCCUCCAUGCUGAACACAUUGAUCAACCAGGGUCGGACUAAGCGCGCCACACGCACAUCCACCAACUACGGCGAAGGUGUUCGAGCAAAGCCAAUUUCUCUAAGUGUCUUGGGAAAUGGGCAUCCCAAGAGGGUGGUGGCUAUGGAACGUGGGCUCAUCGGAAAUCACACAGUGGCGUGCAAAGAGAGGUUCUUGCUGGUUACAGACCACUCUGUUGCACGCCAUGACAAAUUGCCUCCUCACAUUACGUCCAGCAGCGGAAGUCGGUACACUUGGCUUCCGCUCACUCCCUUGCAGGCCAAGGUGUUUCAGUGGCAAGACUUGCUGAACAACCCGGCAUACUUCAAGCAAGCCGGUAGCCUCCAGGUGACUGAGGAUGAUGAUGUGGAAGACAUUGACCAGCCGGGUCUUGAAACAGAGGGCCCGCCACAUGGUUUUCCGGUGGUUUUGCCAGAUGGGGUGCCAUCCCGUGUGCGCUAUGUGCGUCAACCAGGAGAGACGCAGGCUCUGGUCACAGAAUUUCGUAUCUCCAGCAGAUGGACUCUGGCAGAUCCUACUGAUCACAUCAGGGAAGGCAAUCAAGUGGCGCAAUCUGUGAGGGCCCAGCAAGCUGCGACAGGUGACGAUGAAGCGAUGCAUGCAAAUGCCGCCGGACUCCAGGGGCAACUUGCUGCAGCCAUUUCCGUCCUCGACCUGGCUGGGGGCGGUGGACACUUCGAUGCCAACGGAGCCUUGAUUAUCAAAGCCGAGCAUGUGCAGGUUGCCUGCCGGCUGGUUGAGAUUGCCUUGCAGAUUCGACAUAUUUUUCGCCUCCCCCUGGAUGAUGACCUCUCCGAUCAAGAGAAUGUGGAGCGCCCUGAGAUACCUGUGCACGGAAACUAUGACCGCAAGUUUGGUGAGGCGCUGGCAACCCAAGGAUUGCCUGCGCUGCCGCCCGAGGAAGAAGAGGCAGUUGCAGAGGCAGAGGCAGAGGAAGAAGCGUUGCUCCCUCCCGAGGACUCUGCAGACCACCAUGAGGCUAGCGAGGAGCCUUUGCCCACAAUUUUGUCCUGGAAGGACAUCCUUCCGGAAGAGCCUUUCUUCAAGAAAGGGCUGGCGGACAACGAUGAGAUGGUUUUUCCCUCCCCUCUGCAAGACCGUCAGCUUCUUCGAAAAAUUCUUCUUCACGGGGGCAGCGAGUUCAAGGUUUCGAAGCUAGUGGAUCUUUAUCAUGUGGUGCAGACUAUCGGAACGGGGAAGGACAAGAAGCGCAAGAAAGUCAGACCAACAAUUGCCAAGGCAAGUCUUGUCUUCGACAUCAGUUGUGGCCCAAACUAA